AUGUCUUCUGAACCCGUUUUGAAAGCUUCAGAUAUCUCACCAGAGCUGAAGAAUGCAGUUUUUGAAAUUAGCUCCAAAGCUGUCGAGGAGUUCAGCCUAGAAAGAGAAAUCGCUGGUGUGGUGAAGAAGGAACUGGACCUCAAACACGGCAACACUUGGCACGUCAUAGUGGGUAAGAGCUUUGGAAGCUACGUGACGCAUGAAAAGGGACACUUCAUUUAUUUUUAUAUCGGGCCCCUCGCUUUCCUGGUCUUCAAGACCGCUUAG